AUGUUUUGGCGAUUUGGAGGAUACUCCCAGAUCUCCACCAUUGAUACACUCCUCGACAAGCCCAAUGUCAAGCUCGAAGACCUGCUUGAAGAGGCCGACCUCAUUCAAGAACUCAAAUCUCACCACACCAAGCUGAUCGAAUAUCUACGCGACGACACAAACCUCCAUGCCCUCCUAAACUACGUGAUCGCUCCAGGCCCUAAGCCAGACGUCCAUGAUGACGACAACGAGAAAGGCAAAGGACCCGCCACGCAGGAGGAAGAUGAGCCAAAGCCCUUGGACGAGGAACAAGAGAAGGCCGAGAAAAGAAGACUGAAAUAUGCCUUUGUCGCGUGCGAGAUCCUGUCAUGUGAGACAUGGUCCAUUACCGAGUCCUUGAUGGCGAACACCCAGUAUCUCACGGACUUUUGGGACUUCUUGCGCAGACUCGCACCGUUGGAUCCCCUCCAGGCCGGUUAUUUCACAAAGGUAAAUGAGACCUUGCUCGAGAAGAAGACUGAGGAUAUGCUCGAUUUCUUCAAGGGUUUGCCCGGCAUCGUCCCCGCCAUCCUGCAGCAUGUCGAUUGCCCCAUGGUCAUGGAUCUGUUGUUGAAGAUUAUCAGUUUGGAAAAAUCAGAGGGAGGCGCCGGAAUUGUGGACUGGCUCCAUGGCCAGGAUUUGAUUCCGAUGCUUCUGUCUAACUUGUCCCCGGACUGCAAUGCAUCAACUCAAACAUCAGCUGGAGACUUUUUGAAGGCUAUCAUCACAAUAUCAGCAAAUGCUGCUCAGAAUGAGCAAUCCUGCAUCGGCCCCAAUAGCCUCACGAGGCAGCUAGUCUCGGAGAAGUGCAUUCGGCAGCUUAUUUCGUACAUGCUUAAAGGCGGCAACCCAUUGACUGUUGGAGUCGGGAUCGUCAUCGAAGUCAUCCGUAAGAACAAUUCAGACUACGAUCCCGAUCAGGGUCACAGUCCCAACGCACCUCCCACCAGCCGCGACCCUAUCUAUCUCGGAACACUUCUCAGACUGUUCGCCCAGCACGUGCCCAGCUUUAUGAGCCUGAUUCUGAGCUCCAAGCACACCGUCACAAUUGGAGAGGAGACGAGCGUGGUAGAGAGGGGCCAUCUCAGAUCCGCCUGGGGGACACAGAUCGAGCCACUUGGGUUUGAUCGCUUCAAGACUUGCGAGUUGAUGGCAGAACUACUGCACUGCAGCAAUAUGGGUCUUCUAAAUGAGCGGGGAAGUGAAGAAUUUAUCAAAGCAAGGGAUGCCGAAAGGGAGAGGCUGAGGGAGCAAGGAGCGUUCUUGUCUCAAAAGCAAUCAGAAGACUCCGCUGUGGAUAUUUCAGCGAGCUCUUCAAGAUUCGAAAAUGCCUUUACUCCGUCAGCAUCGACAUCCACAGAGGAGCUUCGCAUAGCUAAUCUUAAUGACGAGGAUGGCUUCGAAAAAGUGGCAGUCUCAGAAGCGACGGACCCAGCCCCAAGUACGAAGCAUGAUGCAGAGGAAUCGAUCUCUCCUCGACAGGUCCCGGAUCAACCACAAACGCCAACAGGAAAUCUGGACGAGACCGUGCGGCGUCUUAGCCUGGAGGAUACGGUUAUGAGCACCGAUGACAUUGAACCGGCAACCCUGACAGUGGGCCAGGGAGAAAUCUCUCCUCACCCCGAAGACAAACCGGAGCCUCUGUUCUCGAAGUCGGCCGAUCCUAACAGAACACCCACGGCCACUAGCCCUGAGCGAGCCACGAGCCCAACUGCGACAAAAUCCCGCCCUCAAUCAAGCCUUUUCGAAGGUGAAUCGUCCCACACAACCCAAGAUGCUACAAUGCACGUGUCACAAGUCGAGCAAACAGUUUCUGAUGACGCUCCAAUUGUCGGAGAUCAUUUGAAAAUCAUGUUUGUGGAGAAUAGAGUAGUCCCUACGAUUCUGAGCUUCUUCUUUCGAUUUCCAUGGAACAACUUCCUCCACAAUGUCGUUUAUGAUGUUGUGCAACAAGUCUUCAAUGGGCCCAUGGACCGGGGCCAUAAUAGAUUUCUAGCAUUUGAUCUUUUUGAGACUGGCCGCAUUACUGACGCGAUAAUCGAAGGCCAGAGACGAAGUGACGAAGAACAACAGGCCAGAAACAUGCGUCUAGGAUAUAUGGGCCACUUGACCCUUGUGGCAGAAGAGGUCGUUAAGUUCGGCGAGCGACAUCCGAGAGAGUUGCUCUCGCCCACAGUUCAAGACUGCAUCUACUCUCAGGCCUGGGAGGAAUACGUUACCAAGACACUGGCUGAGACGCGAGAACGAGACAACGCGAUAUUGGGGGGCUUCCGGCCAGAUAACGGCCUUGGCCCUAGGCAGGCAGUCCUCAAUGCCGUUAGUUCGGGUCAAGGCUUUGGUCCCGGAAGCGCAUUAGCUGGCGUUGGACUGGGCGGUGGCCAGAAUGCCCUCGACAGCGUUGACUUAUCAAACAACGGCAGUGCCACUAGUGCUGGAUACAACUCGAGCGGGUCGGUUUCGAGCGGGUUUGGAAGUUCGUCGGAUGAUGAUGACGAAGACAUGGACGAUGCAGAAGACGAAGAGCAUGCGCGAACAGUCAAUCAGCUGUCAGCUGCUGAUACAGGUCUUAGCUCGGAGAACUCUGAUCAGCCAAUACCUUUACUGCCACCUCCACCAGCACCACUCAAUAUCGAGCCAUCACGUGCUCGCCGACGGUUGGCUGAUCGUUUAGCGAGACACAAGCAGGAGGCUGAGCAAGAAGUGGCUGCAGCAGAGUUCGGAUCCGAAGCAGACGAUCCGUUCGCUGCUCUUGGGAACAACGACGACAACGGCGCCGACCCUUUCUCACUAGAUGAGGAGGAGCAGGACAUCACAACGUUUGGGAAACGCAGCAACUUGACUUCCUCGAAUCAGAGUCCAGGCAACAAUCACCACAGUUUCUCGGUCACCAGAGGUCUGACCAGCUUGUUUUCUCCAACGUCCAGCACACACAACCAGACCUCCCACGAUGACUUUGACGGUUCGCUGGACGACUCAUCAUCGGACGGAUCUGGCUCCGAUAUCGACUCGGAGAAUCCUCCAUUAGAAGCACGACGGAGUCUUGAGCGACGACCCCUCGAAGUUUUCGAGGACGAGGAAAUGGGGGAAAUGGUGGCCCCUACAGAGGAAGUCGAAAGCACUAGUUCCGACGAAGAGGUGUUAAGUCCUGCGGAAAAAGAGAAAUUGGGAGGAGCCUUUGGGAUGAAAGAUGACGACGAGCAGGACUCGGAGUUCUCCGGACAAGAGGACCAUGACGACGACGACGGAGAUUUGGUUGAGAUUGCGAUGGGCAAGCCGUCGAAGAGGAGAUCGAGGGGCUGA